GGAAAUCAAAGCAGAAUAAGGUGUGUGUAGUUGUUGGCCCAUAGUCACUGUUGUUUUGUAGUCAUGCAUGGACCAGUAUGUCUGUUUGAUACACAGCAAGAAGCUUGCUGUAGUUGGUGUGUUGGAAUGAAUAGUCAAGGUUUCUCCAAGUCCAGUGUUUGUAUGGGUAGACCAGACGGAAGGAUCCAUUUGGAGACGACAGAACACAAGAUAAUCUCUAUUCCGGAGAGAGGAGAUAGCAAAAUUGGACAUGAUAAAACAUGUUGAAAAUAACCAAGGCCAACUGGAACAAACGACAGCGCCACGUAAAAAUAACAUUGUCUUUAAUUCAAAUUUGGCCGUCGUUAAACCCAAUAGAAAGCAAGGAACAAAGUCCUGACCAAAAACCAUUGGCUUUAUCUCAAAUCAAUCAACUCUUUCUGAACCUCUCUCUGAACACAGCCUCUGAGCACACUAUACGUCUCUGAUUCUUGGCCAUGCCUCGCAUUAAUGUGAUUGCUAAAAUAAGAUAUAUGCAAUACAUUAGUUGGAAUGGUUGAUAUUCCAGGCUUAUCUGUGCUGUACUUAGUAAUAGCCUAGGGGAAAGGUUACUCCCUCCUUGCCACAGGAAUUAUCAGCCUUUGCAGGCGUCAUCAGAUGCCACAGAUGAAAAUCUAUUUUCCCUCCACUGUGAGAGAGUCCCAACAUAGCUACCUGUCAUGGCAGGCAAAGUGAUACCAACCCUAUCCAAUGCUGGGGGUGGGGUAAUUCUCAUGGACAGUGAACUCAUGGACUCACUCUCAUUUCUAGAUGUCUUGAGUGCAAGUGAGUUUGAAGGAGAACAAAUCCACCCAGCAGUUGCUUUGAAGACUGAGUCAGAUUUUUACAAGGGAACCCCACCUAAAUGGAUGAACUUUUACCUGGCUGAUGAGAGGGCAAACUCUGACAGCAGUGCCACACCUACAGGAGAAGAAAAGGAGAUUGAAUUUAUCAGAAGAGAUGGUUAUGAAAAGCUGAGGGAACUCAUCAACUUACAGAGACAGGGCAGUUGGAGUGUAAACAGUAUUAAGCUGUUGCACCAGCCAGGCAGUGGAGGAACCACCCUGGCCAUGCAAAUACUCUGGGACCUGAGGAAAGAGCUCAGGUGUGCUGUUCUGGUCGACCCGUCUUCUGACAAGAAAGAUAUGGGCAAACAAGUCCAGAAAGACCCCCUGUCGGACACCAGGACUAUCGCUAAACAGGUGAUCGAACUUUUUGCAACCGGUGGUCCAGAAAACCAGAAUACUGUGCUUCUUUUGCAGGACAAUGAACACCUGAGGGACCACUUACAGGACUUUCUCAUCAGAGAAAUAACAGAGCAAAAAAUCAGUGCUAAAUUCCCUGUGGUCAUAAUUCUACAAUGCAUACGCUCGGCCAGUAUCAUAGACGAUGAGGAGGAUGAGAGUAGAACUGAGGCAGAUUUACUCCUGAAAUCACGUCUUUCUGACAAAGAGAAAACAAGCUUUGUUAGCAAAGAAAAACUAAUACAGAGGCAUCACAGAGACGAGAUGGGGAAGUUUCACGGCUUUAACAUAAUGCAACAUAAUUUCAAUGAAGAAUACAUGAGGAAAACAUUUUGUUCAAAAGAGGGAAAAAAAAUCACUGAAUAUCUUCAGCAAAACAAAGUCUCCCGCAACACCAAACUCUUUGCCUUUUUAGCUCUGGUGAACUCCUAUGUUCCUGGCUCCUACCUCUUACAGUCACAAUGUGAGGCAUUCCUCAGCCAUCAAGACCCCUUUGGUGUGAACCUGUCAUUUGAGAAACGCAUGCAACCUUUCAGUGAUCUCAUAGUCACAUUCUCAAGACAUGGAGGAGAAGACAAGAGAGUCUGCAUAGCACACCCAGUACUUGCACAUCAAUGUGUUCAGUUGCUGGCAGAUGCUGGUAUAGCUAGGAGCUCAGCAACACUGGACUUUCUGCAGUACUUAACCAGACAACAAAUUCAGCCAUCCUUGUUACUGUUCUUCAAAGACAUGUUAACAAAGAGAGAAACAACCUCAAAUGGCCAAGAGAUCUUUUCCAGGCUAAUUCUAGAUAUGGAGAAACAUGAAGGCAUUCCUGAAUGCGCGAAUGUGUUGAAAACCGCGUCAGAAACAUUCAAGCAUGACCCGUUCUACCCUCAAUCUCUUGCACGUUUUUACUACAUCAAAAUGUCUGAUUUUACAAGAGCUGAGAUUUGGGCUGAAAAAGCAAAAGAGAGAGUGCCCACCAACUCAUUCAUUGCUGAUACACUUGGACAAGUUCAUAAGAACCAUUUGUAUAAACAAGUCAGUGGAAAAUCAGGUGAAAAAUCAGGGACCAGAGACAUUUUGUUUUGGGCAGAGAAAGCUAUCAAGGCUUUCAAACAAGAGGAGGAGUUAGCUGAAAGGGAAUCAGUGAAUCACAUGGAGGGUGACAGUCCAACAAAAAUGUAUCAUACCUUCAACAACAGGGGAAUCUUUGGUUAUCUACAGGUUGCUAACAUUGUUUAUAAUUCCCUCACAAAUCUCAACCCAAAAUGGAGGAAACUCCUUACCCAGGAAAUAUCAGCUGAACAUCUCUCGAUACUGUCUGAGGACAGAAAGCUCAUGAAGUACCAGACUUUCAUCACCAGCCUCAGAGGUGCGGUUGAAAGGAAAUUUUAUUGUUUUUUUGAGAGUUACCUCACUUACUCUGAGCCCAGGAACUGGAAGGAUCAGACACCAUACUUUCAGCGAGAAAUUGUUGAUUGUUUUAGGAAGUAUUCAACUGCCCCCAGUCCAAAGGAGGACUUACCAUUAAAGACACUCAAAGAAGAAAUGGCCUCUACCUUUCCUGGCCUCUCCUCUCUCAAUCCAAAUACCAACUUGAGUAAAAUCACAGAGCUGUGGAAAAUAAUCAAUAAAGAAAACCCUGACGAUGUUAACACUGCCUGUAAUUACAUCCUGGCCAACAUCCUCCAGACCAAUGGGCCAGUGGCAUCUCCAGAACCCACAACUCUACCACAACUUAGAGCCAUUCUUCAGAAGUUCAUGGAGAAAGAAAAUACCAAACUUUGGACUCCAGAGUUUUACCUCCUUGUCCUCCUACUGUUUUGGCCCGAGGAGGCAAGAGAGGGCGAUGUCACCAAUGACAUUGAUCUUAACAAGUAUGUUGAGUGCAUGAAACAGGCCUUUGACAACAAAUACAAGAAGUACCUACAAUCUAGGGAACUUGUGCCCUUGUUUUACCUGGGUAAAGGUGCUGGGUUGAAAAGACUUGUUCACAAAUCAAGCAUAGACAACAUCUGUGUGCAUCUGAAAACAGGGAAAUCAAGGACUCUCAAUAAAACAAGAGGCAGUGCAGAGAUCAGGGACACUUGCAUUCAGGAUCACCUUCUUCGUGUCAAUGGAGUGGUCAGAGUGCAUAAGGCAUUUGCCCGUAUGGCAAACAAAGAGAUCGAGAUUUGUCCCCAGAAACAGGCCAGUGUGUGGAAGGAUGGCAACAUCUCAUUUUACCUUGGCUUCAAUAUCAGUGGCCCUGUGGCUUUUGACAUAAAGUACACAAUGCAUACAGUGGGAUCUGGAACAAAUGUUCAGAAACAAAGGGAUGAUGCCAUUAGAUCAGAGGGAACCAGAAUGGAAGAAUCAAAAACAUUCAAUCGAGGGAUUCCAAUGGGUUUUAAGACUUCUAGCCACAUUCAUACCCCAACUCUUUUGACAGAACCUGAAUUGAAAAACAUCCAUCCACAAUUGACAAAAACCCAUUACAGGCUCCAGUGCCCCCAUGCAGGCCUGUUCCAGUGUAUGUUGACAGGGCUGGUGUUUCUGAUGGAGAGGGAAGGGGAGGUGCUUUACAGGACUGUCCAAUGGGACGACAGUCUCCUGCACUCCACAGGCCGGACACCUGCCGGACCUCUGUUUAGCAUUGAGUGUCCUCAGGGAUCUGUUCGUCAGUUACACCUCCCACACUGUGAGAUUUCCUCUGGGAAAGGCUUUGAUUCCUUAUCUGUGGUCCAUGUUACUGGUGACAGUGUGGAGGUUUUGCAGCCAGUCAGGGUGACUGACUCACAUGCUGUGAUGGACAUCACAGACCUUUCCUUAUGGGGCCUGGUAUCCUCCUACUUCUCAUCCUCAGUGGAAGGCCAAGUGCUGCUGUUCCACAAACCACAACUCCGCAAGCCAACUCUGAACGUACAUUUACUUCCAGUGAAUGUGCCUGUCACUGAGGUGGAGAAGCUACAGCGGGCCUGCAAAUACAUUCAGAUCCCCUCUAACUGCCUGCUCACCUGUGGGGAAAUAUACAAACUCUGCUGUGAUUCUGCUGAGAAAAACAAGAUACAACCAUCGGAGGAAAGGUUUCGCCGUGACUACGGCCCCAACUACCACCCCACCUUCCAGGUGAUCCUGGAGGCAGGUACAGAGGAUGUGGAGCUUAGGCUUCUGAAGAGAGGGGAUGAGGAGGUAUGGAUACGCCAAGUGCCACUAACAGAUACUGUGUUGAUUGGUGGGCUGGAGGUCCGUGCUGUGGAGCAGCUGCGUUUUGUGCGGUGUAAGUUUGUGGAAAAAGUAUCAGAGCCUACUAUUAAAUGUCUCCUGGAUGGGCUCCUGCAGAAGAAAGUGGUCAACAAUUAUGAAAAAGACUCAGUAAAGGUAAUAGCUGAGAAGGCAGACAAGGCACGUGCCAUCAUCGACAUGGUGCUGAAUAAAGGAACUUUUGCAUGUUUGACAAUGAAAACACUUCUGUGUGAAUUAGACCAAUGCUUAAGCUCAGAACUGGGUUUGAACUAGAACAUUGUUGGAGAAUGAGACAACUUGUUGAGUGUACCCAUCCCCCGGCAUGAGUAUCUAGGCAAACCGCUACAGAUGUAAGAUCUUAAUUUGAUCACCUAUGUUGCAGAACUUUCCUUUAAAACUUGAAGUGUAUUUGAUGUUUAAAAAGGCUUCUAAAGUUUGUAAUUUCCAAAUUUCAGACUUGAUUUUACCUUAUGUAUUAACCGCUACAAAAUAUCCAUUAAAUGUCCAUUAAUAUAAUAUGUACACAUGAUAUUUCACAUUUCUUGUGGCUGCAAGAUUAUUUUCCUGCUGUUGGAGACUGGAUCAAAUUAAAAAAGGUUAAGGAUCGGCCCCUUUUUUAAAUUUUCGCUUUAAAUGACAUACCCAAAUCUAACUGAGGGUAGCUCAGGACCUGAAGCAAAGAUAUGCAUUAUCUUGCUACCAUUUGAAAGGAAACACUUUGAGGUUUGUGGAAAUGUGAAACGAAUGUAGGAGAAUAAAACACAUUAGAUCUGGUAAAAGAUAAUACAAAGAAAAAACAAAUAGUUACAAAAAAAAAUUGUACCAUCAUCUUUGAAAUGCAAGAGAAAGAUCAUAAUGUAUUAUUCCAGCCCAGGUGCAAUUUAGAUU